UCAAGCAAAGACCAUCUUAGUCAUUAAACAUUAACAUCAACAUAUCCUCAAAAGUCAAAACUGAAAAUGGCUUUGGGCAGCGAGAAUCAGUCUUUCUUCUACGACGACGAGGAGUCCUCCUCCCCGGUCAAUGGACCCUCUGUCAUCCGGCGGAAUGCCCGGGAACGCAACCGCGUCAAGCAGGUCAACAACGGCUUCAGCCAGCUGAGGCAACACAUUCCCGUGGCCGUAAUUGCCGAUCUGAGCAACGGUCGCCGUGGAAUCGGUCCCGGCGCCAAUAAAAAACUCAGCAAAGUCAGCACCCUGAAGAUGGCCGUUGAGUACAUUCGACGCCUGCAGAAAGUCAUUGAUGAAAACGACCAGCAGAAGCACCAGCAGCAGCAGCAGCAGCAACAGUUGCAGUUGCAGCAGCAGCAGCAUCUGCACUUCCAGCAGCAGCAACAGCAACAGCAGCAACAGCAACACUUCUACGCCUGGCAGCAGCAAUUGCAGUUGCAAUCGCCCACUGGCAGCGUCAGUUCCUGCAGCAGCAGCAGCUCCUACUACACACCAGCAGCAUCAUCGGCCACCACUUCUUCCUCCAACAUCGCUGCCAAGCUGGAAACAAGCUACGAAGAUUACCGCAACAACUCGUGCAGCUCUGGUGCCGAAGACGAGGACAUCCUCGACUACAUCUCCCUCUGGCAGGACGACCUGUAGGGCUCUCCCUGCACCGCCCGCAAUCGCUAGUCGCCCUCAAGCAUCGCCCACAACAACCAUUGAUUGGCCAACAAGUAUUACCUCAGCCACAGAGUAUUUAUAUUGCCCAAAACCCACCUUUUUUUUUUGCCUGUACAAAUUAGCGGUUAAGUUUUUAUAUAGUUUAUAAGGCUAGCUCGUAAAUGGAAGACAAUCUAGGCUUAAGUACAUUUUUUUGAACCAACAUGGAGGACAUUAAACUGAUAACUAUAAUGAAAUCUCGAA